UGUGAAAGAGGAGGAGGAGGAGGUGGUGUUUUAAUACGGACAGGCGGCCCGGAGGCUGGUGACAGCACGAGACUUCCCGCUUGUGUUGGGUCGCUUGUGAGUAGCUUCAUCCUUCCUCAUGGGUUCCUGCUUAAACACACAGAGUACAGCACCGAGCCCGGUCUGACCGUGAGCACCGUGAGCACCGGAGACUCGCUCGUUAUCGUUCUGGGACCGUGUUAACGUCGUGCUUUCGGGGAGAAAAGUGGAGUCAGAUUUGAGGUGUGUCAGUGUAGCUGGUCGAGGAAGCCUCCAUAGAAGAUGAGGAAGAGCAGGAGUGUGCUGAGUGUGUCGCCUUGUGAGGACAGUAAAGACCCUCCAGACUGUACUUUCAAUGAGUCCUUCACGUCUACGGCUUGUACUCUCGGAGUGGACCUGCGUCGGGGGCGACGUCGUUUCUCAGGAAACCUGCAGCUGCCCCCGCUGUCUUGGCGACAGACAGAGAGGUCACGCACCCCUGAUGAGGAGAUAAUCUGUCGGCCGACCACGUUACCCUUCAUCAGGCCGCCCCGCAUCGACAUCACGCCUGUGGACUCAGAAUGUUUCGAUGUGGAGAAUGGGCCGUCUGCAGGAUGCAGUCCUCUGGAUCCACAGGCCUCCCCAGGCUCGGGGCUCAUCCUGCACCCCAACUUCUCCCAAACCGGACACAACCAGCGGCGAGAGUCCUUCUUGUACCGCUCAGACAGCGACUACGACCUCUCACCCAAAUCCAUGUCCCGCAACUCUUCUGUUGCCUCGGAGAUGCAUGGGGAUGACCUAAUCGUCACGCCUUUCGCUCAGGUUCUGGCUAGCCUUCGAAGUGUCAGAAACAAUUUCACAGUGCUGACUAAUGUACAGUGUACAUCAAACAAGAGAUCACCGGCUACCACACAGCCCUCCCUCACCAGAGUCUGCCUGUCUGACGAGUCGUACCAGAAGCUGGCCGUGGAGACCAUGGAGGAGCUGGACUGGUGCCUGGAUCAACUCGAGACCAUCCAGACCUACAGGUCCGUCAGCGACAUGGCCUCCAACAAGUUCAAGAGAAUGCUGAACAGGGAGCUGACGCACCUUUCCGAGAUGAGCAGAUCUGGCAACCAGGUGUCAGAGUUCAUCUCCAACACCUUCCUAGACAAACAGAAUGAGGUGGAGAUUCCUCCACCCACACCAAAGGCCCGGGAGAAGAAGAAGAAGCAGCAGCUGAUGACUCAGAUCAGCGGCGUGAAGAAGGUGUCUCACGGGCCCAGCCUCAACAGCGGCAUCACCCGCUUCGGUGUCAAAACCGACAAGGAAGAGCUGCUGUCUAAGGAAUUAGAAGAUCUGAACAAGUGGGGCCUGAACAUCUUUACCGUGUCGGAAUAUUCCAACAAUCGUCCUCUGACGUGCAUCAUGUACGCCAUCUUCCAGGAACGAGACUUGCUCAAGACGUUUAAGAUCCCAACAGACACGUUUGUGACGUAUAUGAUGACGCUGGAGGAUCACUACCACUUGGAUGUAGCCUACCACAACAGUCUUCAUGCUGCGGACGUGGCCCAAUCCACACAUAUUCUCCUGUCCACACCUGCACUAGAUGCUGUCUUUACUGAUCUGGAGAUCCUGGCUGCAAUUUUUGCAGCAGCCAUCCAUGAUGUGGAUCAUCCUGGUGUUUCUAACCAGUUCCUCAUCAACACAAAUUCUGAGCUGGCACUCAUGUAUAAUGAUGAGUCUGUGCUGGAGAACCACCACCUAGCUGUAGGCUUCAAGCUACUUCAGGAGGAAAACUGUGAUAUCUUCCAGAACAUCACAAAGAAACAGAGGCAAUCGCUCAGGAAGAUGGUCAUCGACAUGGUACUUGCAACAGAUAUGUCUAAACAUAUGAGCUUACUAGCCGAUCUGAAGACGAUGGUGGAGACAAAGAAAGUUACCAGUUCAGGGGUGCUGCUUCUGGACAACUACACAGACAGGAUACAGGUUCUUCGAAAUAUGGUGCACUGCGCUGAUCUGAGCAACCCCACCAAGUCUCUGGAGCUGUAUCGGCAGUGGACGGACCGCAUCAUGGAGGAGUUCUUCCACCAGGGCGACAGGGAGAGAGAGCGUGGCAUGGAGAUCAGCCCCAUGUGUGACAAACACACAGCUUCCGUAGAAAAAUCACAGGUUGGUUUUAUUGACUAUAUUGUCCAUCCGCUAUGGGAGACCUGGGCUGACCUGGUCCACCCUGAUGCGCAGGAUAUCCUGGACACACUGGAGGACAAUCGGAACUGGUACCAGAGCAUGAUUCCUCAGAGUCCAUCUCCACCCUUCUACCAGCCCGAAAAAGAGGGACACGGUGGAGGACCAGUGGCUGACAAGUUCCAAUUCGAGCUCACCCUGGAGGAGGAGGACUCAGAAGGCACAGAAAAAGAUGAACAGAGUCAGGGAGAUGAGGAGGAGGAAGAAGAAGCAGAGGAGGAAGAUCGAGAGGAGGAGAUGGAGCCAGCGACCACACACAUCCAGAUCGUAACUGAAGACGCCUCACCGGUGGAUACAUAGGACCUCAUAGCCCAUUUUAAUGGCUAGUAACCAUUUUUCCCCCUCACAAUCUGGCAGUUGAUGCUUUUUAACGAAGCCCAGAGAGAGAGCACGUUUUUUGGCCCUCUUGGGAGGAGCAUGACUGGCCCUCCUUGCACUUAAGUUUGGAGCCAGUUGGGUUGGAGCUCUCAGGAAAUAAAUGCUGCAGACAUUUUUUUUUUGGAGCUGAAUGACUGACGGGUGACUCUAAGAUACAGGAAGGAUUGGGGCCAAUCAUAGAUUUGUGUUUGUCUAGUAGGCGAACAUUUAUGGAGUUGACACUACUGAGAGAUUUUUUUGUACCAAAUGACUUUUUUUCUAAAGCUAUCGGGAUAAGUCGGGGUAGCAUACGAACUACUGAUGAACAAGUAUUUGUAAAGAAAGAAACUGUUUACUUUUCUGUACCAUUUGUCUAAAGACUUUGUGUGCCUUUUUUACUAUUGUCUUUUUAAUGGUCUUUUUUUAUUUAUUGAACACACUUUAGUAUAACUGUACAUGGAAAAGUUUUUUUUUUUUUUUUUUUUUCUAAAGGCAAACCAGACAGCUUACACGCAGAGUCGUUUUCUAUAAACCGAAGAGAAAACUCAGUGUCUUCCUUUAUAUUUGGCAAUAGAACGAAAUAAUCCAAAUGUCUGAAAUGUAUAUUCCAGUCAGAGAUGCACUUUGUCAUUGUUUUUUAUACUCGUCCAGUUCUUUUGGUCUUGUUUAGUUGUGAAUUUGCUAUGAGCUCAUUUUGUAUAUAUACACAAAUUCACAAUAAGCAUUCAAGCAUAAUGACAAUUUGAAAUUUGGCAAAUUUAAAUCAAAUGCACUUAGACAAAGAUUUCAGAGCUCCUGAAUAUACUGAUUGGAUAUAACCAACUGAAUCUAUAUUCAGUUUUUCUCGAUAGAACCCCACCCCCACAGUUGUUUUUACAAAAUGAGGUAAAUUUUUUUUUCCUUCAGCUUCCAUUCAUUAACACCAGUUCUCACAGAAAGCAUUCUUCAAGGAGUUUCUCACAGAAUACAUUUUCUGUGGGUUAUGCUGUCAUGAUUUAAUUUGGGAAUCUCACUAAGACAAAGAAAUUAUUAUUAUUUUUUUAAAUUUAAAUUAAAUAAAUAAACAGUUCUAGCUUUAAACCUUUUGAACCCCAAUACAGUUUAUUUAAAGCAUAAAUCUACUUUACACCUGCAUUAGACCACUCAAUUAGACCACAUUAUACAUGUUAUUGUCCUGUUUAUCACCAGUAGGUAUAUUUCAUGGCCAAAGUAGCAUGUGUGUGUGUGCGUGCGUGCGUGCGCACUUCUUUCCCUUCUAUCAUCUACCCAUGAUUCCCCCAUCCCCCCCUCCACCUCCUGUGUUUGGUUUGUUUAUAUUAGCUGAAGUCGGUCCUUUGCUGUUUAUAACAGUGUAUUUAUUACCUUUUGUAAAUACGGAAUGAUAUUUCUUUGUAAAUUUAUUUUUAAUUUAUAUGCACUUGCAUUACCGACAUUUGGUGGUGUUUUUUUGUGUAGUGGGCUCUUGGACUGAGUCUGUUAUAUUUUGUAAAAAAAAAUUCGUUUGUUUUAAAUAUUGCUGAAUAAAUAAAUAUAUAUAUAUAUAUAUAUAUAUAUAUAUAUAUAUAUAUAUAUAUAUAUAUAUAUAUAUAUAUAUAUAUAUAUAUAUAUAUAUAAAAUACUAUAUAUGCUAUAUAAAUAUAUCGCACAAUAUACAACUGCCCAGAAAAGUAGCUUAAAGACACACACCCCAUUGGUUACCGGGAGAGCCUGUAGAUAAGACACACAAACAUACUGUAGACAUCCGUCAGGCAUUAGAAGCUUUGUGUAUCACUAUUCGGUGCAACGUUGAGAAUUUCAUACCACGAAAUCACAGACAAAGUGGCACUCGGCUCGAAACCUCUGCAGAAUUUUGAAUGCAGAUUGUUAAGAAUGGCUCAGAAAUAUUUAUAUGAUGCUGGACUCUUAUACCACACACAUUGGUCACAAAUAUCACUGAACACCAAUGUGAAAUCGAUAUGAAUUACAAAAAAAAAAAAAAUGUGAUCUUCUGUAACUUUGUGCUAAUGUGAACUAUUUUUCUGACCUUGUUAGCAGUUUUGAAAUUCAAUUUGUCAGUAUAACUUUGUUAAUCUAUGUUUAAGAUCUUUUGGUCCGAUUUGUGUCCAAAAGGAUUAGUCAGAGUUAGUAAUAUCUGCAUGAGGGAUGGGUUUUUCGUCUAGUAAUCCCACAUUGUUGCAGGUGAAUAUUUAAUGUUUCACACAAUGUAUGGUAUAAUAUUGUAUAUUGUGUUCAAUAAAAUCUAAAACUACUUUUCUAUGAAGUGAUUAAAAAUGACGCAUGAAUAUA